CUCUCUCUCUGCCCGCGCUUUUGUGCGCGGGAGACGAACUCGCUCAUGUAUUUCAUUUUCUUGAUUCAAGAAUCUGUUGAGUUGCUCCUUUGCGGUCCUCUGUGCGUGCUAUGUAAACCCUAGUGAUUGUGCGAUCAUGUUCAUUCAUGUUCAUAUAGAGCAUGAGUUUUAAUACUUCUCAAGGCAUCGCUUGGUAGCCUGUGAGACGAACUCGCUCAUGCAUUUAAUUUUCUUGAUUCAAGGAUCUGUUGAGUUGCUGCUUUGCGGUCCUCUUGAGGAGAAUGUAUACUUGCUGUGUAAGAACCUAUGCAUGAAUGGGGCCGCAGAUACGAAGGGAUCUGACCUAUUCAUUGUUUUCCUUACUAAUGAGAAGAAGCAGGUCCCUCUGUGGCAUCAAAAGGCUGGCAUGAGAGCUGAUGGGCUUGUUCUUUGGGAUUACCAUGUCAUUUGCAUUCAGAGAAAAAAAGAAGAAAACUCUCCUCCUCUAGUCUGGGAUUUAGAUUCAAAUCUUCCAUUUCCUUCUCCUUUAGCCUCCUAUCUGUCAGAAACUAUACGGCCAUCAUUUCAUCUAUUUGCCGAAUUUCAGAGGCUUUUCCGGAUUGUGCAUGCUCCUAUAUUCUUCCGUUUCUUUGCAUCUGAUAGAAGGCACAUGAAAGACUCUGUUGGGAAUUGGAUUGCUCAACCUCCAGCAUAUGAACCCAUAGUUGCCGAAGAUGGGACUCUGCAUAAUUUGAAUGAGUACCUUGAGGUUGAAGGUACGGAGGCACUGACGAGUCUAGAAAUUGAUUCAGUGAAUGCAGUAUACACAGAGAAGCUCGGGGUGCUGGUUAGCCAAAGUCAAUUGGAAGAAUUGUUUACUCUGAUUUCAUGACUAUGGGUUCAGCAAAUUUCGUAGCUAUUCCUCUGACGCAUUGCUUUAACCAGCAUCAAACCAAUAAGAAGAAAGGAAAGGCUUUCUGUUGAAUUUUUGCAAGUUAAUUGUAUUUUGUGGCUGUACCAAACAUCGUCAUCCUGCGGAUAAUAUACCUACAGGGUGUGGUUUCACUUUCGGCAUGGUGCCUCAAUUUGUCUCUAGAGUUGGGACUGAAGCUGGUCAAAAUCUCUCAGAUCUUUCCAUUUGGAUAAAGCACUGCACUACAAUUUUGGAACAAA